GAAGCGAAGUGCAGAAGAAGAAUUUAACCGUUCCCGGUUGUUGAACCGCUCCCUGUCUCCGCAGCGGCUUUCCAAAAUCGCUAUUGGGAGCGGCGGUACUGUCCCGCACAUCCAGCGGCCCUCCUCCUCCUCACGCACUUCACCCAGCGCCAGCUAGCGCACCUGCGAUGUUUGCCCAACGACUAACUAGCUAACGUUAACAACUCACCUCAUUACGGAGCAUUACUGCGACCAAAAGACCCGGAGAAAUGGAGGAGGGCUCCGAGGUGAUGGAGGAUAUUGUAUUUCGAGGAGUGGCGUUUUCCGUGAAGAUUGAGGUUGAUAAGGGUUUGCUGAUAGUAGAAAUCUCUGAUUCGGUGACAGCCGAUCAAUGGAGAGGGGACUUCGAUCCAGCAUAUAUUGAGGACCUCACCCGCAAAACUGGCAACUUCAAGCAAUUCCCCAUUUUCUGCAGCAUGUUGGAAUCAGCCGUCAGAAAGAUGAGUGAUUCUGUUACUCUCGACCUCUUGACCUACGCGGAUCUGGAGCUGCUUCGUAACAGGAAAGCAGGCGUAGUUAGUCGUCCUCAUGGCCAUCAGCAGUCAUCUGUUCUCACUGCCAAAAGAUACCUCAUCCUCAUAUAUACCGUGGAGUUUGACAGGAUACACUACCCCUUACCCCUGCCCUAUGUGGGUAAGCCCGACCCGGCGGCACUGCAGAAGGAAGUCCGAGCUCUUAAGGCGGAGCUGGGAACCGUCUCCUCUCAUGGCAUCAACAAAUCUGCAGAACUAGAAAUACAACGGCUACGGGCAGAGCUGGCUCUGGUAAAAGAAGAAAAGGACGCCAUGGCCAAGGCUCUGGAGCGGCUGCAGAGCAGCGGAGGUGGUCCCGCAGCCGGCCGAGAGGACUGGAGGGUGAGGGACGUGGUGAGGACGCUGGAGGAGCAGCUGGUCAAGGAGCGGGCCAAAAGCCAACGUUCAGCGAGCAAGAGAUGCCAGGAGCAGCGACUCCUAAUGGAGCAGUUCGAGGACUUGCGAGCAUCGGAGUGCGCUCUCCGCAUUCGGGUCAAGACUCUGACCAGCGAACUGGCGUUACUACGGAGAGGGUUAGACAAACUAAUCAUCAGAGUGACUCCGGUGUCGGGUCGCGUCGACAGGGAAGCGUAUCGCUCGGUGUCCCGCGAGAGGAGGUCAGGCUACGGGACAGUCAGGGCUCGCUCGGGAUCAAGAGAACGGAUGGAUGGCCAAGGUCAAAGGUCAGAGGAAAGAGGCAGAAGAGCCGACUCCUCCGGACCACGCGCUCGCAUACCCCGGCCGUCGCCUUCCCCCACCGGGUCCCAGGUGCAGCGCUUUGACCCGACAGCCUACAUCCAAGAAAGGCAGCGCAGACUGAAAGAGGCCGAUCUCAAAAAACAGAGGAAGGUACGGAGGGGCCUGACGUCACCCACGUUGCCUGAGAGGGGGCGUUCUCGCUCCAGAGAGGCCUACCCUCAGACGGCCCGGCCCAGCAGCAGAGGCAGGAGUUUAUCGGUGGAGCGGCGAGCGAGUAGGAACUCCUCCGCCAGCUCGUUGGCAGAUAUGGACGAAAUGCCCCAAAAUCUUUUCAGAGGAAGGAAAGCAACUCAUAACGGACCCAAUGCGUCUAGAGGAGGCCUUUUGACCAGGAAACCAUUUUGCAGUACUCCAACCCACAGAGUGAAUGACAAAGAGAGCUCCGUAGAUACGGGGGCCGAGCUGUCAGAGAUCGACGCCAGGCUAUUGGCCCUUCAGGAGUACAUGAGGGACCUGGAUACAGGACAUUAACACCUCCAGCUAGGACUCCGCAGACUGGAGGGAUGUUGAACUUCAAACAUAAGCAACGGGUUCCCGUUGAACUUCAGGAAACUACAGCCAUUACUGUGAAGGGCACCUUUUUUCUGCACUGAAAUAUCAUUUCUUUUAACUUAAAAAGAUGACGGAGUGUUUUUAUUUUUUUACAACUCAUCAAAAUCAACUUUGCAUGGACUGUUUUGGGAAGUCAGUAAAUAUUCUUUCAUUGUUUACACGCUUGAUGUUUUCUUCCCUGUGAGUGCGCAUCAUCUCACUCUACGUAAAUGUGUUUUGGAAGAGUGUUGCCAGAUGUGAAUGUGAUUUGUUAAUCCUGAUCCCGACCGCAUGCACGUCAUCAUGUCAAGAUUUGGUGGUUAAAUGUCAUUCCAGCUUGAACCCUUCGACCCAUUAUCCCGAAAGCGGUAUUAAUCUCUGAUAAUGUUUUGUGUAAGGGAAUACUUAGAUACACAAAUCCAUACUAUUGUCAUUGCAUCGUGCAUGCAAGUUUAUGAACACAACCCUUCUGUUGGUAGUGAAACUGCCACAUUUCUAGGAAUUGUUGUAUGUGUACAUGCAGAGACUGUUAAUCGUGGCUCCUCCGUCUGAUGCCUUUUAAAGAAUUAAUAACAAAUGA